AUGCCUGUUCAAAAACAAACACGUGCAGGUCAAAGGACUAGAUUCAAAGCAUUCGUUGUAAUUGGUGAUUCCAAUGGACAUGUUGGAUUGGGCGUUAAAUGUUCUAAAGAAGUAGCAACAGCUAUCCGUGGUGCAAUUACCCUCGCCAAACUUUCAAUUAUUCCUGUUAGACGUGGUUACUGGGGUUCAUUGAUUGGUGAACCACACACUGUACCAUCCAAAGUUACUGGUAAAUGUGGUUCCGUACUGUGUCGUCUUGUGCCUGCUCCUAGAGGCACUGGGAUUGUUGCAGCACCUACACCCAAAAAACUUUUACAACUUGCUGGCAUCACUGAUUGUUAUACUACAUCACGUGGAUCUACUCGAACUUUGGGUAAUUUUGUUAAGGCUACCUUUGCUGCAAUUGGUCAGACAUAUGCCUAUUUGACACCUGAUUUAUGGAAGGAUGUUGAUUUCAAACAAUCUCCUUAUCAAGAAUUCAGUGAUAUGUUGGCUGUAAGCGACAUUGCUUCAUUAAUCUGA